AUGUCAAUCUCCGAGGCUGGUGAAGAGGCCGAAACUACACUCGUAGACAGUGUUGUCGACUGUUCUGUCGACUUCCGAGGAAACUCAUCAGUCAGAUCUACCUCCGGUGGAUGGAGAUCAUCUGGCUACAUAAUUGGUGCGGAAGUGGCGGAGAAGUUCGCCUACUUGGGGAUAGCGUCGAACCUGAUUACUUAUUUCACGGGGCCGUUAGAGAUGUCAACGGCAUCUGCAGCUUCAAACGUGAACCUCUGGCUCGGAACGGCAGCGUUUUUGCCUCUGAUAUGGGGUUCUAUAGCCGACUCGUUUCUCGGCCGUUACCGUACCAUUCUCUUAACCUCCACUCUCUAUAUUUUUGAGAAGGAGGCUUCAAGGUAUAUAUGUAUUAGAGCUUUUGGAGCAGAUCAGUUUGAUGAACAAGAUCCUAAAGAAUCCAAAGCCAAGAGUGUUUACUUUAACUGGUCGUAUUUCGCCAGAUCAACUGGCAUACUGACCACUCGUUUGAUCUCUAACUAUGUCCAAGAAAAUCUGAGUUGGGCGUUAGGGUUUGGGAUUCCAUGUCUUUCCAUGAUACUUUCUCUGUUCUUGUUUUUACUUGGAACACACACUUACCGCUUCAGCACUGGAGGAGAAGGCAGAAAGCAUACUAACCCUUUUGUUAGAAUCGGUCGUGUUUUCGUGGCCGCGGCUAAGAACCAACGACCAACUUCUUCAGAAACGUUCCUUCUUGUCCCUACAGAAAGUUCAAAGAAGUUCAGAUUCCUGGAUAGAGCGGCGAUUUCUUGUGAUUCACGUGAAGUUGAGGAAGCAAAAGCUGUGUUGAGUCUUGUGCCAAUUUGGAUGUGUUGUCUAGUGUUUGGCAUUGUGUAUGCGCAAUCUCCUACUUUCUUCACAAAGCAAGGGUCUACAAUGGACAGAUCAAUCUCAUCAACACCCUUAGUCCCAGCAGCAACACUCCAAUGUUUCAUAAACCUAUCAAUCCUUGUCUUCAUCCCAAUAUACGACCGUUUAUUCGUCCCAAUCUCAAGAUCAAUAACUCAUAGACCAGCAGGAAUCACAACGCUUCAAAGAGUUUCCACCGGCAUUUUCCUCUCGAUUCCUUCAUUGGCGAUAGCUGCUUUGGUGGAGAUGAAAAGACUCAAGACGGCUCGAGAUCACGGACUAGUUGAUUCGCCUGAAGCCAUGGUUCCAAUGAGUGUUUGUUGGUUGAUUCCACAAUAUGUUCUCUAUGGAGUCUCUGACGUUUUCACUAUGGUUGGUUUACAAGAGUUCUUCUAUGGACAAGUCCCGGUCGAACUUAGGAGCUUGGGACUAUCUUUGUACCUUAGUGUAGUCGGCAUAGGCAACUUCUUGAGUAGCUUCAUGGUAUCCAUCAUCGAGAAAGCCACAAGUCAGUCAGGUCAAGUGAGUUGGUUUGCUAACAACCUGAACCAAGCACAUCUUGAUUACUUCUAUUGGCUACUUGCUUGUCUCAGCUCCGUGGCCUUUAUUUCCUUGGUUUAUUUCGCCAAGUCUUAUGUAUACAGCAGCCCAAAGUAA